UUUAUAAUCAUUGACUUUGAUGGAUAAAGGAGGAAGUUUAUACUUAGAAAAAUAACUUGAUUUCUAUUGAUAGUGUACUUUACAAUAAAGGGGAAAGUUAAGUUAGAAUCUAUAGGUUGAAUUCACUUAUUAUGGGGUUAAAUACAAACACGAUUAGAAUAUACGAAUAAACAUUAUAAACAAUAAAAAAGAAUAUAUCUCCAAUCAAGAUCUUAAUAUUCCUUUAGUUCCUAAAUUUAUACUUUAACAUUAAGAUAAUGUAUUAAGAAUUGAAAUUAAUCAUGACAGAAGGGAUGAUAUAAAUUUUAUGGUGA